CUGGCGAGUGGACUCAUCCUGGCUGAGUCAAGUGUGAAAGCCAACUGCACCAGCAGACCAAAACAACGGAUAUGAUGUCACCAAAUUCUAGCGAAACCAGGUGAUGCAUUGCAAAGCCCAGCAGAAAAUGUCAAGUGGGAGCCCUGUCUUUGAAAACUUUUACAGACAGGUCGAUCCAGGGAACACUGGGAGAGUGGGACCAACAGAAGCUGCGCUCUUCUUGAAAAAGUCAGGACUUCCAGACCUCACACUGGGAAAGAUUUGGGAUUUGGCUGACCCGGAUGGAAAAGGCUACCUAGACAAGCAGGGCUUUUACGUGGCUCUGAGGCUGGUGGCGUGCGCGCAGAGCGGCCAUGACAUCAGUCUGUCCAGCCUCAGCCUCACUGUCGCGCCCCCCAAGUUUAAGGACACCAGCAGUCCUUCUCUCAGCACCUCAGUUGAACCGCACUGGGCCGUUAGGCCAGAGGAGAAGAACAAAUUUGAUGGGAUUUUUGAAAGUUUGUCGCCGGUCAACGGCCUGCUGUCAGGAGAGAAGGUGCGACCCGUCCUGAUCAACUCAAAGCUGCCUCUGGACAUCCUUGGGAAGGUUUGGGACCUGAGCGACAUCGACAAAGACGGCCAUCUGGACAAAGAUGAGUUUGCCGUGGCCAUGCACCUUGUGUACCGGGCCUUGGAGAAGGAGCCUGUUCCGGCCCACCUGCCCUCCACCCUCAUCCCCCUGUCCAAGAGGAAGAAAAGUCUGGGCUCAGUGGGCGGUGCAGUGCCCGCGCUGCCCGCAAGCCCCCCACCACCCAAAGAUUCCCUGCGCUCCACACCAUCGCACGGCAGCAUGAACUCCCUGAACAGCACAGGCAGCCUGUCCCCCAAACACACUCUGAAGUCUGGACAGCAUUCUGUCAACUGGGUGGUCCCGGUGUCAGACCGUGGUCGCUAUGACGACAUCUUCCUGAAGACAGACGCCGACCUGGAUGGUUUUGUGAGUGGGCUGGAGGUGAAGGAGAUCUUCAUGCAGUCUGGGCUCUCCCAGGGUGUACUCGCACACAUUUGGGCUCUGGCCGACACCAGACAGAUGGGCAAGCUGACCAGGGAGCAGUUCUCCCUUGCCAUGCAUCUCAUCCAGCAGAAGGUCAGCAAGGGUGUGGACCCACCUCAGGCUCUGCCGGCUGACAUGAUACCACCUUCUGAGAGAGGAACUCCAGUCCCAAGUAUGUCGGGGUACAUGACGCCCGUGGGAUCAGAGAUAGCUGCACUGUCUGAAAUGAGAAGGGCCAUAAUGUUCAAGUUGUGGGACAGUUCCAGCUCGGUGGGUUCCGGCGAAUUUACGGGCAUCAAGGAGCUGGACGACAUCAGCCAGGAGAUAGCCCAGCUGCAGAGCACUCUUGCAUUUACCCAGUGGAAUACUAUCAGGGAGAAGUACACUCUGGAGCAGGACAUCAGGGAGACAGAAGAGGUCAUCAGGCAUAAGAGUGCUGAGGUGCAGGAGAUGCAGAACGAGCUUGACCGAGAGACGGCCUGCCUGCAGGAGCUAGAGGCACAGAAACAGGACGCCCAGGACCGCCUGGAGGAGAUGGACCAACAGAAACAUAAACUAGAGGACAUGCUGAAUGAAGUCCGGAUAAAAUGUCAGGAGGAGUCUCAAAUGAUCUCAACACUCCAGAGUCAAAUCCACUCUCAGGAGUCGGACCUGCAGAACCAGGAGGAGGAGCUGAGCCGGGCCAAGGCUGACCUGGGCCGGCUCCAGCAGGAGGAGGACCAGCUGGAGCAGAGUCUGGCGGCGGGCAAGAUCCAACUGGAGACCAUCAUCAAGUCCCUGAAGGCCACGCAGGAUGAGAUCAACCAGGCACGCAGUAAGUUGUCCCAAAUCCAGGACAGCCAACAGGAAGUCUCAAAAAGCAUCGAACAAUACAACAGCACCCUGAAUGGAACCCACGGGGGGAGCAUGACCAACCUGGCGGACAUGAGUGAAGGCUUCAGCGAUCGAGAAAACGGAACCUUCCCAUCCAUGGGGACAGCUUCCCAGGAGGAUCCGUUCAAAGUGAAGCCCUUGGUGUUCAAUAGCCAGUCUCAAGAACUUCACACUGACCCUUUCCACUCGGAAGACCCUUUCAGGACCGACCCUUUCAAAGGUGACCCUUUCCAAAAUGACCCCUUUGCAAAGCCGCCAGCAGCACCUGCAGAUCCAUUUGGGGGUGACCCCUUCAAAGAGACAGACCUAUCAGACCCAUUCAAGGCUUCGUCUGAAGAUUUUUUCAAGAAGACAACAAAGAUGGAUCCCUUUGGAGCAUCAGACCCCUUCAGCAAGAGUGCCACGUUACCCUCCAAGCAGCAAAUCAGUCAAUUCACAAGCAGUGACCCGUUCUCCUCAAGCAAUCCCAAAUCCAAAGGAGCAGACUUGUUUGGCGCUUUGGAUCCGUUUGGCAGCAGCUCGUUCAACAGCAGUAACAGCUCAGCUGGCUUUGCAGACUUCAGCCACAUGGCCAAGCCUCGAGACCCUUUCGAAGGCCGUGCCAGCUGGCAGCCAGACUACCAGAAGGCUGCAUUUGUCGAUGAUCCCUUCAUCAGAAAGAACGACACACCCGCCCUGCCACCCAAGAAAGGGGUUCCCCCAAGACCAAAACCCCCCAGUGGUAAGAAUACACCAGUGAGCAUGUCAGCGGACCCUUCCAAACAAUGUGACCCCUUUCAGCCGUUUGGCAGGGAUGCUGUGGACCCCUUCCAAAGUAAAAAAGGCUUGGGAGACCCUUUCAGUGGCAAAGACCCUUUCGCUCCAUCCUCAGCAUCAAGGCCUGACAAAGUAAAGUUCGGCAACGAGGCUCAGCAGCUGGAGUGGGCCAAGCGAGAGAGUGAGCGGGCAGAGCGGGAGCGUCUGAAGCGUCUGAGGCAGCAGGAGCAAGAGGACCUGGAGCUCGCCAUCGCUCUCAGCAAGGCCGAGAUGUCCAAUGCGUGACUGGAACUGUACCCCGCUGGGCAGACAUCAUGACUGAAUAUUGACACCAGAAGACAGACUUUGUGUUCAUGGGCGUUCACACACACACACACACACACACACACACACAAUGAAUGGAGAAGAUAAAAACACAAAUCAAGACCAGGUCAUCAGUGUAAACUCUGGGAUGAAGAGAAGAAGCCAGUGAAGCGUUCACUGGACCAAGCCAACCUUGAAGGCGUGUGAGCUCAGCCUGGCAUUAGCGUGCUAGCACGUAGCCGCUCAGUGACUUUAAAAGAGUUAAAGAAGUUCUUUCAAGGUAUUUCUUUAGAGACACAGAUAACAUGUUGGAUUGAGUGGUUCUGGUGCUAAUAAACGCUCCAGACUGACUUCAUGUAGACAGGACUAGAUGCUCCUCAUCAUUUAGAACCUCAAGUCCAUGUCUGUUUGUCAUGGAAAGCUCAUCAGUAAUUCACUGUGAUAACAAGUCAAACGCUCCACUGUACCCUGCUAAGAUAGACAACAUUCACAUAGCUAACUUGGACAAUGCUAUGGUUAUUGUCCUUCUGAUGGUCACUCCUGUUAGCGUCUAUGUGCUUACUGAAGUCCUUCAGAAAGGUCCAGUCCCCCUCAUGUCACAUUUCAUUCUGGACUAGGUUUAAGCCUUACUGAAGUGACGCAACGUUUGCGCUUGCUGGAUUUGACAAAUUAUACUGCUUUUUUAGCUUUUAUUUCUAACCAAGGACAGAAAAUUGGCAAUGUUUGCAUGCUCUUUAUCUAGUUGCAUAUGGCCUUCCCUUCAUUUUAAACCUGAUGAGAUAUUUGGACCCUUCUCAAUGGUUUCCCAAUAAGACAAGAUCGUUUGUCUGGCUAGCUAAACAGUAUUAGUGCGUGUGUGCAAAUGUGUGAGAGACUAGACCUAGACAUGUUAUUCCUGCAAACAUGUUCUCGGCAGCCACACAACAAAUUGCACACCUUUUUUGAAUUUUUGAGUGAGAUUGUACAUGGACGUGAUGAGGGAAUUUCAACUUUUUUUAAACAAAUGUUUAGCGCUUUUUGUUUUAGCGAGCGGCUUGUGACUUCCAACAUGUUUUAAUGUUAAAAGUGCACACUGAAGUUGACUGACAAUGGGAGCAUACUGACAGGCAACUGGAAAGAUGUGAAACAUUUCUCGCAUUUCAUCAUUUGUUGACCACCCAUCUUGUUUGAAGAGCUGCAAAUUGAACACGCUCAUCUGUGUAGAGAUGACAUCAACGUCUCACCUCACAAAUGUACAGUGGUGUGGAAGUGUUUGCCCCUUCCUGAUUUCUUUUUUCUGUUUGUCACACUUGUUUGAUGUCAUCAAACAUUUAAAUAUUUGGCAAUGACAACAAAAUUGAACACAAUGCAGCUUUUAAAUGGAACUUUUUAUUAAGAGAAAAAAAUCCAAACCUACAUGGCUCUGUCUGAAAGUGUUUGCCCCCUAAACCUAAUAAUUGGUUGAGCCACCCUUAGCAGCAACAACUGCAAUCAAGCGUUUGCCAAUAACUUGCAAUGAGUCUCUUACAGCGCAGUGGAAGAAUGUUGGCCCACUUGUCUUUGCAGAAUUGUUGUAAUUCAGCCACCUUGGAGAGUUUUCAAGAUUUUUUGGUAGACAGCAGAUUGAUCUUCCAGCUCCUGAAACAGCAAAACACCUGCAGACCGUCACACUACCACCAACAUAUUUUACUGUUGGUAUGAUGGUCUUUUUCUGAGAUGCGGCAUUACUUUUACGGCAGAUGUAAACGGACACACACCUUCCAAAAUGUUCAGCUUUUGUCUCUUUGAACCACAGUAUUUUCCCAAAGGUCAUGGGGAUCAUCAAAAUGUUUUCUGGCAAAAUUGAGAUGAGCCUAAUGUUCUUUUUGUUCAGCAGUGGUUUUUGUCUUGGAACUCUGCCAUGCAGGCCUUUUUUGCUCAGUGUCUUUCUUACGGUGGACUCAUGAACACUGACCUUAACUGAGGCAAGUGACAUCUGCAGUUCUUUGGAUGUUGUUGUGGGGUCUUUCAUGACCACUCCUGGGAAGGUUCACUACUGGUCCUUGUUUUUGCCAUUUGUGGAUAAUGGCGCUCACUGUGGUUUCUGGAGUCCCAAAGCUGUAGAAAUGGCUUCAUAACCUGUUCUAGACUGAUAGGUAGAUCUCGAUUAAUCUGUUAUGUUUCAACGGGGGGGGCAAUCAUUUUUUCCACACAGGGCCAUGUAGGUUUGGAUUUUUUUACUCCCUUAAUAAAAGGUUUUCUUUAAAAACUGCAUUUUGUCUUCAGUUCUGUUGUUGGAAACAUUUAAGUGUGACAAACUUGGAAAAAAAAAAAUCAGGAAGGGGGCCAAACACUUUAACACCACUGUAUUUAUUCAUCAUGACAGGAACUAGUUUAAACAUGUUUACGUUUUUCUUCUCUGGGUUGCUGAUGCUGUUUUGGGUUGUCAAUCAAAGCCACUGUUAUGUGCUACAGUAAUGAUACAGUACUGGAUGGAUGCUAGAAUACAUACAUAUGUUUUUAUCACGCAGAAACAUGACUUCAGAACCAAUGAUCAAAUUUAAUGAUUUCAUUUAGUCUCUUGUAGUAUACUUCCUGGCCACCUUAAACUGCGCUGAGUGUUGAACAAACCACAAAAAGCUUUCAAAACAAGCUACGAAUUUGAUGACUGUCUGUGGAUAGUUAGUCAUAUGGUACAAGUCAAAUGUUUGGAGACAGUUUCUCAUUUAAUAGCAUGGGAAAGUGUCUGACAAAGUUUGGAGACAAUUUUCUCAUUUAAUAGCAUGGGAAAGUGUCUCCAAACUGUUGCUGCGUGCUGAACGUAAGUGAUGAAGUAUCCAUUCAGGGCCGUACGAAAAGAUGACUGUGCUGUACAACAAACAAAUGACUUCUUAUUCCACUAGCUUGAAAAUUGUGUGACCUAAAUGCUUGCAUGGAACUCCUUUUAAUGUGAAAAUUGGUCAGGUUUUUGUUGUGAUGCUGCCACGUUUAAACAAGAAAGGUCUGCGCCGUUUUUUGGGUGAUGACGAACUUGGCAUGACCAAUCAUUUUGUUGAGUGUGUUAAAUUUGACGGCUUCUUGUAAACGAGUGGCUUGACGUUGCCAGCAUUAUUUGCCAACGAUCCCGAAAUAGGACCUUGUACGCCUUGAGUUAGGAAUGUGGCAUAACAUGUUGCUAAUUGGCAGCUAGCUGCUAUAGUACAUUGCCACUAUUGCUACUUGUCCAUUUGUGGUGGAAAAGUGCUAGCAUAAUCAGAAAAGGCCCCACAAGUCGUACUGCUGUCAGCUGCAGUGGAGCACUUGAGUACAUUUUAGAUGUUUGUGUCUAACCUCAUCUGUUCCAUCAAGCCCUACUGUGAACUCUUGACCUCAGCUGUGCAGCGUGUACUGCUCUUCCGGUACCGUCAUUCAUACUGUACUUGUCUCAUUUGUGCAAUAGAUGUUAUAUUUUUUUCUUGUGUUGGAUGUUGGAUGUUUUAUGCACUUGCAGCCUCUCCGUAAUGCUUCUGAUCCAUUUGGGGGAAAUGACUGACAGAUGCUUUUGUAAGUAUUAAUGAGAAUUAGAAGUUUGGAGUUAAGUUGUGACUAUGUUUCUAAGAAUGCUCACAAGCCGUUAACCCUUCUUGUUCCUCCUCCCCCCCUCCUUAAUCCCAGCUGUUUUUUUUUAUGGAGAUGCAUAAUGGUGUGUAUAGCUCCAUGUCUCUUCUGUAAAAUGUUACACUAACGGCAGCAAAGUGGAGGUCUGCGUCUUCUGUUUACUUAUAUUGAAAGAAAACUGACUUCUACCGAAUGUGUCUCCUUUUCUUCAGUGGCAGUGCCAGGACUUUCUUUUCAACAUUAAAACAGUGAAAUAGAUCCCCUCCUGACUAGCAUACAGUAGACUACCACUUUUUGCAGGGGUUGUCUUCAGGGACCACCAGCAAAUGGCGAAAAUCCACAAGUAAUUGAGACGCUCCCCCUCCCCCUCCAAACCCUCUUGCUAGCUUGACGUUGACAUUUUCCAAUUCUGGUCCAGAACCCUACACUUCUCUCUUGAGUAUGCCUUGCACAAUUAUUAAACGCAUUUUAAAGUAUAAAAUGUAUGGGUACUCCCCACUAAUGAAUGAUAAUGUCAGAUCAUCAAUGAGCAGAUGGAAUGGGAGUCACGGUGUAGAUGAGAAGUUAUGUAUAAGUUUGACAUGCGUAGACACUUUUUUUUUUUUUGGGACAAAAAAGAAAGUUGUGGAGCCGGAAUGCUGAAUUGUAAUUGUGAAUGUGCUGGGA